CCAGGCGGAAGUGGCUGGAAUUGUGGCGCUGGCAGGCGUUUGCUGCCGUUGCUCUUGGAGCAUGGUGGCUGAGGCUGACACAACAGGAGGUGCUGCAUUGUGCUUCCUUCUGGGAGAUCACACUUGGACAGUUUAAAUCCAGCAGAGAGCAUAACGCUUUCUCGAGACUGCGUUUGAUAAAAACUGCUACGCUUAAAUAUACAAAACUGCAUGUGAGAACGCCGACGGUGCAGAGCAAGUGGAUACUGAUGGCAAAGAGGUACUGGGGCAUUAUUAAGGAACAGGACACCCUGUCUGUGUGAUGGGAGACUCUGCAGGAGGUGUACAUUAUUGUGACGUCAGAAGACCAGUCUGCCACUUCUUAGUUCAGUAGUGGGGACUACGAAAACAACUUUUUCGCCCCUGCAUUCCAAACAUAGAGAUUUGUAUAAUCAGUUGAAGAAGCAACGAAACCUCUUCUGAGAUCCUCCUGCACUGAUUUUUCAAAGUGGAGUCUUUGAAGGGGGAGGGGGGUGCCAAAAGACCCCCCCUCCCCCAGGAGAGAAGAACUUUAGGGUGGCCACCCUGCAUCUGUGUGAAGAUGCCACCUAUCAGGUCCAUGGUGGCGGUGUGACACCCAUCCGAGGGGAGAGCGCAAGAAGACCGCGUGGAGGCCUGCGCCCGUGAAGGAUGCUGAAGAAAAGCAGUCUGGUUCUCUGGGGCGUGGUGCUUUUUGUGGCCUGGAAUGCCCUGAUCCUGUUCUUCUUGUGGACCCGGCCUCAGUCUCUCUCCGACCACAGCCAUCUCACCGAGGAGGUAAUCCGCCUGGCUCAGGAUGCCGAAUCGGAGCUAGAGCGCCAGAAGGACCUCUUGCAGCAGAUCUACCGUUACAGUGCCCUCUGGAGCAGGAGGAAGGCUAGCGAGGCCAAGCUUCACCCACCAGUUGCUGCAUCGGCCCAGCCUUCCACGGCCGCUCCUUUGUCCCACCACUCUCAAAUCUCCCCAGAUGCUGUACUGCCAGUGCUGGUAAUCGCCUGCGACCGCAGCACAGUCCGCCGUUGCCUCGACAAGCUGCUGCAUUACCGUCCCUCACAGGAGCGGUUCCCCAUCAUCGUGAGCCAGGACUGCGGACACGACGAGACGGCCAGGGUAAUCGCCUCCUAUGGAGACGCCAUCAUGCACAUCAAGCAGCCCAAUCUGAGUGACAUCCCUGUGCCCACUGAUCACCGCAAGUUCCAGGGCUACUACAAGAUCGCCCGGCACUAUCACUGGGCCUUGAGCCAGGUUUUUCGGACCUUCCAGUACCAAGCAGCCAUUGUCGUGGAAGAUGACCUGGAAGUGGCUCCGGACUUCUUUGAAUACUUCCAGGCAGCCUUUCCUCUCCUGCUGGCUGACCCGACCCUUUGGUGUGUCUCUGCCUGGAACGAUAAUGGCAAGGAGCAGAUGGUCGAUGCGGCCCAUCCGGAUCUCCUCUACCGUACAGAUUUUUUCCCCGGCCUGGGCUGGCUUCUGCUGUCUGACCUGUGGAACGAGCUGGAGCCCAAGUGGCCCAAGGCCUUCUGGGACGACUGGAUGCGGCAGCCUGAGCAGCGGCAGGGCCGUUCGUGCAUCAGGCCUGAAGUGUCGCGCACCAUGACCUUUGGCCGCAAGGGGGUGAGCCACGGUCAGUUCUUUGACCAGCACCUGAAGUUUAUCAAGCUCAACGACCACUUCGUGCCUUUCACCCAGAUGGACCUUUCUUACCUCAAGAAGAAUGAGUAUGACCGCUCAUUCCUGGACCAAGUCUACGGUGCCCCUGAACUGCGGGUCGAAGAGCUGCAGGGUAACCGGCGCCGGGAGUUGGGCACCGUCAGAGUGCAGUAUACCACCCGGGACUCCUUCAAGGCCUUUGCCAAGGCCCUGGGCGUCAUGGACGACCUCAAGUCGGGAGUGCCUCGUGCCGGCUACCGGGGCAUUGUCAGCUUCCUUUACCAAAGCCGGCGUGUUUACUUAGCACCCCCUUCUGACUGGACAGGCUAUGACCCCAGCUGGAGUUAG